AUGAAAGGACGGUUCACUGUAAAUCCAUUUAACGAGUUACGCCUAACGUCUUCAGAUGUCGCUGACCUCGAAGCCCUCUUUGCCUCCAUUGUGGACGCAAGCAUCUCGCGCUACGAGGAAUUUCUUUUUCAAGACCAUUGUCGUAUUGACACAAAUCACUGGAAACUUGUUAAAAGCCGCGAAAACGCCAAAGUGUAUUCGGAGCGCAAUUUCGAUUCAGCGCGACCUGCUCCUCGUGUUCCAGGCACACCUGUAGACCUACCUUCGCUACUUUGCUACGGUACUACAAUUGGUGAUUUAGAAGAUAUGAUGUUUGGAGUAGUCAAUCCAACGCUGGAGAGCAUGAGAAUUAAAGCUUCAUAUGUCGAUGAUAUAAGCGGUGCAGCAGUCUUAUCUACAAUCACAGAACCUUCGAUGGAAGAACCUUUCAAAUCUUUAGCUGUCAAAUGGAUGGAGCUUGAUCUUCCUUUCCAAUCGAUUGGUUUGGUGUACAAUCGUGAUUAUGUGUACAUUGAAGGAACCAACAUUGUGCACUUAUCGAACGGCGAAAAAAUUGGAUAUCACAUAAUACACUCAGUCAACUUUCCUGAGACCCACGAGCUACCUGGGCGCGUCCGAGCGAAUACGUCCAUUUGUAGCAUAUUCCGCCAAGUGAGACCCAAUGCCUGCGAAAUUUAUGUCACUGGCCUCAUGGACCCAAGUGGUGAUAUAAUUCGUAAGCUCAUUGUGCCUAACAUGGCGACGUCUUUUUUAUCAACGCUCAAGUAUGCUCAUUGUGGUCAGAUGAAAAAACUUGCUUGGAUGCUUGAAAAGCGAUACACAGAAGCUAAAGAGCUGGGCACGCCCAAUCGAGAACUUGUCUGUGUGACCUGCGUAUGCCCGAUAACAAGUCGUAAACUCGGCGACUUCGGUAAAAGUGACAGCACGUGUAAACUUUGUUUUGGUUACGUGUGUCAUAACUGCAAGAUCUCUAAAAAGCUUAGCUUUGUGACUCCGGAUUUGCUCUUAGCCCGAAGAAAGGUCACUUUUUGCGCUGUAUGCGUAAAUGAAGCGACAAGAACACCCGCUGCUGAGGCGGCACGAGCUCAUAUUGCCUCCAUCAGUGGAAGAGAGGUUACAAAUGCUCUCUACCCGUCAACUACAUCAACUGCCAGCUCACUAUCUGAACAUUCUAGAAAUACUUGUAGUGAGUAA